AUGGCGACCGCCACGCAAAGAGCCGAGGAUGCGGACCAGAGCGCGGGCCUGGGUGAAGUGUCGCUCGGGCAAAAGAUGUUGUCUGCCGUGUCAGGCAGUAUCUUGACUUCAUUAUUAGUGACACCGCUCGAUGUCGUUCGCGUUCGCCUACAAUCACAAGAAACCGUUCCCACUUCCUCAUCGUCACAACCGCGCGUCUUCAAUGGCGCAACACUCACACAAUUCCGCGACCUGCCACCGAACAUGGGCAUAUCGGCCUCACCCCUUCUGUGUGACCGGCCCGACCAUGUCACCAAUCAACCCCGCAGACAUUGGAUGCGCAGUAGAAGAGGUGGAGCGAAAGAACCAUCAACAGCACAUGGGAUGGACUACGGAAGAUUGCACAGAAUGAGGGGCCCCGGACACUGUGGAGAGGGCUCUCCCCAACAUUGGUCAUGGCUGUGCCUGCCAAUGUCAUCUACUUCGCUGGAUAUGACUGGCUGCGAACGGCCCAAAGAUCGCCAUUCAGGGAAACCAUACCAGAUGCAUACACCCCCCUCGUGGCCGGCGCGACAGCACGAUCCGAUCGAAAUGUUCCGAACAAGAAUGCAAGCGGCCAACCACACCGCCACUGCUGCUGGCCACUUCCGCGAGACAAUGGAUGGGCUCCGGACUAUGGUUGGAACAGAGGGCGUCUUCAGUCUAUGGAGGGGUCUCACAUUGACGCUUUGGCGAGAUGUGCCCUUCUCUGCGAUAUAUUGGUGGGGCUAUGAAGCAACGCGGAACCAACUCAUCGACAUUCGAGGAAGAACAGAAGCAAGGAAUGACGGAUACGAGUUCCGGAUAGGCCGUGGCGACGAAAGAGUGCAAAGACGUAGUCGUUCAAGAAGUCGAGAGAACCGCAAAGACACAAUCGUCGAUAGUUUCGUUGCUGGGGCUGCCUCUGGGGCUGUCGCCGCCUUUGUAACCACACCUUUUGAUGUUGGAAAGACACGGCAGCAAGUCUACCGACAUGCUGGAGAAGCCGCCAAAGACGCCACAAAAGCACUGGCACCCGAAGAACAAACAAUGCCCCGAUUCCUGGCCCACAUCUACCGUGAGCAAGGAGUUUCGGGUCUCUUCAGAGGCUGGGGAGCAAGAUGUCUCAAAAUCGCGCCGGCGUGUGCAAUCAUGAUAAGCUGUUAUGAGCUUGGCAAGAAGAUGGCAACCGACAUGAAUGAGCGAAGAGAAAGAGAGCGAGCAUAAUCUCCCUUGGGCAGUUCUUUGUAAAUUCUUUGUACAUUUUGCAUAGGGCGUUGCAGAUGACGACCCCUCUCUUUUGCAUUGCAUCGCAAGGCGUUUUGACGGGCAUUGGGACGGACGUUUGUUUACGACGGGCAAAAUUUGGUAGAUACCAGCGCGUGCUCU